AUGAAUAUAAGCAUUAAGCACUGUUGGAAGAAGGAAAAAAAGUUAUCUCAUAAGCGCAUUGCAAUGGCUUAUACAUAUUACUCUCCGCCUCCACCUACUAUGCCGUUGAAUAAUCCGAAACCGCCACCUCCGGCGGUGGCAGUUCCUAUAACCCCACCUCCAAAUUUAACACCUCCCGGAGGUGGUAAUAAUAUGUCACCUUCAAACCCACCCACACCACCAACAUUGCCACCACCACUAUUUCCUUCGCCUCCUUCAUCAAGUUCAAAUCCUAGAUCAACCAAUGCUCCUCCUCCACCGCCACAAACUCCGAGUUCACCACCAAACUCUUAUAGAAGUCCUAUUUCACCUCCACAAUUUCCGAGUUCACCACCAAACAAUUCCAAAAGUCCUCUUUCACCCCCACAAACUCCGAGUUCACCACCAAACUCGUCCAAAAGUCCUACUUCACCUCCACAAACUCCGAGUUCACCACCAAACUCUUCUAGAAGUCCUAUUUCACCUCCACAAAUUCCGAUUUCACCACCAAACUCUUCCAAAAGUCCUCUUUCACCCCCACAAACUCCAAGUUCACCACCAAACUCUUCCAAAAGUCCCAUUUCACCUCCACAAACUCCGAGUUCACCACCGAACUCUUCCAAAAGUCCCAUUUCACCUCCACAAACUCCGAGUUCACCACCCAAUAGUUCCAAGAUUCCACCCUCACCAACUUCUUCACCAUCAAAUGCCUCGCAAUCUCCAACUUCUUCUCCAGGAGUACCACCAUAUUCUAUGCCACCAAAAAACUCACAAUCACCAAGGUUAGCACCUUCAUCACCAGAUGGUGGUAAAGUUCCAACACCCUCUCCAUCGACCCCCUAUUCAAAACUAAGUCCACCUCCUUCAGCAUUAACACCACUUCCGACACCAACUUUUCCUUCAAGUACCUUUCCUCCUCCACCAUCAAGUAAUAGUAUUGAUGUUUCCCCACCUUCAGGUGGAGGCGGAAAACACACUACAAUUAUAGCGGUAGGUGUAUCAAUCGGCGGUUUUUUCUUCAUAGCAUUUGCUAUUGCUCUCUUUUGCUUUUAUAAGAAGAAAAAGAAGCGUGUCAUGGUUCCAGCAGCAGCUUCUUGUUGA